UAGUGUUGUGAUUGUAAAGCAGCGCUUGCUUGAUUUGUUGUACUGUUGUCAAAUAGUGGUUUCAUUUAGAAUUAUGCGUGUAAAGACGAUUCUAUCGUUAGUGAACUUAAUUAAUCAAAAUAAUGGGACAAUACAGUGAAUUUAACAAUGAUUUAAAUAACCCGAGGCCAAUUUCCCUUCGGUUUUGAUUAGAGAAUUUGCUGUCAAAUUUUGCGAGAGCAAAUGGCGUCAGACAGCGAAGCUUGCUGCGAGAGCGAUCCCAAUUUCGCCGUUAUUUGUGGAUUUUUAGAGAAAUUUGGAAUGUCUUGCGGCCUAACAAGUAUCGACUUUGUAGAUCUCCAGUACAUGUUGGAAAAUAACCAAGAAGUGCCGCAACAAUUAGUCGAUUUGCACGUUAAAUUAUUAAGGAAGGCACGCAAAUCUGUUUCGUCGGAACGUUGGGAGAGGGCGGUUAUUAAAUUUUGUCACAGUUUCUGUAGUCAGGAUGCGUGGGAAAUCGAAAGGUUUGGCUAUAAAAAAGCCAGAUUGUCGUCAAAGUUGAGGAUACUUAAGGAACUUCUGGAAAGUCAGUUCGAUUAUAAUGUUAAAUUUAAAAAUGAGGUCAAUAAGUUGUCGGCAGAGGAAUUAAGGACACAACCGUUGGGCAGAGACCAACUUGGCCAUACCUAUUGGUUUCAAAGUGAUAGCAGUUGUCAGAUUCGUGUGUAUAAGGAGGACCCCGAUGAAGAGACUUGGGCGCUAGUUGCCAAAAAUAGAGAUGGACUGGUCGAUCUAAUUUCACAAUUGAACGAUGACAAUCCUGCUGUUGUGAAUGAAGAUAGCAACAGCUUAGAAAGCGAAAAACCGGUCAUCGAUACCGGUCAGACGGAUUCAAAUUCCAAUUCUUCAAAAGUCGAAGAGCCAACCAAAGAUUUAGGCGACGCGCCUGUUAAUCCAAACGUUGAAGAGCCCCCCGAAACUGAAAUUGAUAAUGUAACCCCUUCCGCAGACAUCAAUGUCGCAGUUGCCUUGGUGGAUUCCUCUCAGAACGAAUCGAAUGGCAACGUUGCAAAAGUUAAUGAGGAAGUGGGCGAUUUUGAAAAUAGCGUAGUCAAUUUAAAGUUAAAGGUUAAAAAGAGCAUGAUAGAAGAACUAAAUAAGGCAGAUACGGAAAAGCUUAGCAACGAGGACGAUCAAAAGCUCGCCCUUAACCUACGAAUUAAGGCAGACUUACCAACCGUAACGACGGAAGUUAAAAAAGUCGAAGUAACCGGCGUCAAGGAGAGAUACAUACGUAGCGAUUCGACGUCUAGUGCACCUCACCGAAAAGCCGUCGACAGCGCGGGGUUUGACCUUCACACGAAUUACUUGAAACGCCCCAUUCACGACGAGGAAGACUUGGAGGAACCCAGUUAUGUGAAGAGACCGAGACUCGACCGGCCGACACUUUUGGGGAAUAAGAAGAAGAAGUCUUAUAGCGAUGAGGAAUACGAUGAGGUUUCGGAGGAAAUCGCCGAGCCGCUUAUGCUUGUUAAAGGUGACGGAAAUGGACACGAUAACAAAACUGAAAAUGGCCCUAUUGUCGGUGACGUUAUUGAGGAACCCAUCAUGCGUAUAGCCGGUGAGGGUUCGGGGUUUGAUUGUGAAACGGGUAAUGAUCACGCGCAAGCUUCUGUUAGUGCGUCAUCAAAGGAAGAUAAAACUGAAAAUGUUGAUAUUAUGAAUAACGGUAACAGUGGUAACAGUGACAUUACAUUGAAGGCAAGUACAGUUGUUGAUAAUUCUGUUACAAAUGCCGUACAGAAUGUGCAAUCGGAUAAAGGGAAGGAGGAUCAAGUUAAUGCGGAACAUGUGAAAGAGGUUCUGGAAGAGGAGCCCACAACUUCCAAUAAAUCGAUUUUUUUCUUUGGGCCCGGGUCUCUCCAAAUGAAGCCUACUCUCAGUCCGAUUAAAAAAGACGAGUCUUUGUUGGCUGAUGACUCGAUCAAUGGUGUUGAAGCGGUAAUGAAGGAUAAACCCAGGAGUAUUGUGGGGAGUCGUCGAAAAUCUGAAAAACCGGUUAGGAAAAUUUGUGCUAGCGAUUUAGAUAGCAAAGAAACGUCGCCCCAAGAGUCUGGUGAUGCCUUAGAGAAAGGAUCGGAUAAUACAAUAAUUAACAGUAAUCAUGUUCCUAUAAGUAUUACUAAGGGGGAGGAAUCGAGUGAUAAUUCUAAAUGUGUUGAUAAUAAUGUCGUUGAGGUGCCUAUCAAUAAGACAGAUGUAAAAAGUGACAGAUCGGGUCUUCCAAACGCAAAAAGUAUAUCCGCGGAUAAACCAAAGAGUAAACUAGAAAAUGUACUCGAGAAAAUUAAUCAGGGGAAGAUUACAAAGAAGACUGAUAGUUUAGAUUUAAGUAAUAAAUUAAUGACCAAUAAUGAUAGUAAAUCUGUAGAUAAAGUAACGUAUUCGAUUCAAUCGUCUAUUGAAACAAUUGAUUCGACAGCUCUAGUUGCUAGUAAACUUUCAUCCAAAGAACCUAAUUCGAUUAUCACAAAUAACAUAUCCGGGGAAACUCUUUCUUUAAAUUCGACACUCGCAAGUAUCGAUAACACGGCACAAUACAACAAAUCUGACAAUGAAGAAAGUUUGUCAAAUCAUGACGUGAACUUAAAAGACGAUAUUCCAAAUUUGGAGGAUAAUUCGAUUAUGGACAAACCCCACUCUAACAGCAUUGACUUAUCACCUCCACCAUUGGUGUGCGAGGUUUUGCAGAUAGAGAGGGAGAAUGAGACAGAGACUGGUAACGAGAUUACCAAGACUAAAAUUGGCAACAGUGCGGAUGCGGCUUUAGAUAAAAUAAAAAAUGAUGCAGAAAAAAGUAGCACAAUUGUCGAAGAAGCUAGCAAUGGUACAGUCACCAAAAGAAUUACUAGAAGAACGCGCAGUUGUGCGGAUAAGGUUGCAGAAUCUUCCGAUGACAUUGAGGGAACCAUAUCUUCAGAAGAAAACAAAAGCUCUAAACUAAGGCGAAUUAAGAAGAAAGACAAUCGAGCAUCGACCGAAAUUGACAGAGACUUGGAAGUAUUGGCCACUAAUAGAGAAUUGCGUGAACGAAAAGUUAUAGAAAACAAACAGAAAUCCAAACCGAAAUUAACACAAAUAAAAAAAGACGAACAAAAACGAAAUACUAAAAAUAAUAAAACGAAAAAAAACUCGAAGGAUGACGAAGUGAAAGUCGUCAACUUGGAAGAUGUAGAAGAACAGAUUGUGUCCUAUGAGAUUGCACCAACAAAAAAAUUAAAAGCUGGCAGCGCAGAUGUUUCUGAUCAGGAAAGCAAGACAACUGACGAGAAAAGUCACCAGAAGGAAUCUGAGGAUUCAGUUGAACCUGUUUGUUCACAAAAGCGAGUAGCGUUGUUGACGGACGAAGAAAAAACCGAGGAGACUGAACAAACUCCUAAUGCCUGUGUAGAAGUAAAUGAUGGCGAUAGCAGUGAUAUUGCGAUAGUUCCCGAAAGCGAUCCAUUAGCGUGUUCGGAGGAAGAUUCGAAACAUUCCGAACCAGUGAUGACAUUGGCAACUUUUCAACUGGACGUUGAAGAUACAAAUUCCGCAAUGAGAGUGACACGCAAAAGAGCUGCUCAACAGAGCGUAGAUACACUAAGAGAUUCGACUCAGAAAAAAAUGGAGCGUAUUAAAAAACAUCGCGGAAAAAAGGCCAAGUUAAAGAAAAAGCGUUCCCCCGAUCGCAAGUUACGUCGUAGUAUCGAGGAUAAAAAAUCGAAAGAUAUCAGUAGCAGCGAAGACGAUCCUCCCGAUUCCUCCUCGCUUAGAGAAGACGACGAGGUCACUGGCAAACCGAUUAAGGAGAGACGCGAAUCGAAUCGAUCGUCUAGUCCGAUGCAAAGUAGCGGAGAUUCCAAUUCCGCACGGCAAGAACAAAAGGAGAAAAAACCUCGACAAAUUAGAAAAACUUUGCUCGGCUUGGAAAUCUCAGAGGAGACCGAAAACAUUCUGAGAGAGGACGCUCCGAUGGGCGUGAGGCAGUCGCGGCGCAUCGCUCAGCUGAAAAUCAAGGAGGAAGCGGAACGAAGAAAAUUGGAAGAGCUAACGCUGCAAGAGUUGAAAGAAGAAAAGAUGAAAAAAGGGAAAAAGGAUAUCGAUAAGGACUACAAAUCCGAGAAGAAAAGGAGAAGUAAACCGGCGCAAUCGGAUGACGAAACGACGACCGGCGACGGUGAAUCGGACGAGAAGAAGAAACGGAAGAAGAAAAGAAAACAUCGAGACCCGCGAAAACACUUUGAUGUGCAUAACCCUUGGAAGUCGAGUAGUGGGUCCAGUUCGUCGGUAGAGGAAGAGGAGGAGGAAGAAAUCGAAGAAGAUGAAUAUCAUCCUCUGGUGAUCAAGUCGGAUCACGAAUUUUCACCCGAAAGUGAUUUAGAGGGAGUAGAAGUACAGCCAAUGAAAAGAGCGCGAACUGCUAGAAAAGAAUCUGAUACCGAAGAGGAAGUAGACGAUUGUCCAUGUCAAAAAUGUGGUCAAUCGGAUCAUCCAGAGUGGAUUUUAUUAUGUGAUAGCUGUGAUUCGGGUUGGCAUUGUUCAUGUUUACGUCCCGCUUUGUUAGUCAUUCCUGAAGGAGACUGGUUUUGUCCUCCUUGUCAGCACGCAACAUUAGUGAAGAAACUAGAAGUCCAAUUGCUAGAUUAUGAUAAACGUGUAAAGAAGAAGGAUAUGGAAACACGUCGAAAAGAAAGAUUGGCAUAUGUCGGUAUAAGCUUAGACAAUGUUUUACCAUCGAAAGAGUACGAUGAACAUCGUAUUAAAGUAAAGCAUGUUAAGGAAGAACGGAGCGAUGGCGAUGAUGAUAAAGACGCUAGCGAGGGGUCAGAAUCGGAUGAUUCCGAUUCCGAAUCGGAGUCCGUUUCUAGUUCUGAGAGCGACAGUGAACCAAUUUAUCAGUUACGAAAACGUAGACAGGCUCACAGUUAUCGCUUCAACGAUUAUGACGACUUAAUAAACUCGGCCAUACAGGAUGAACUAGAUGCCGUUAAAGGGGCGGGAAACCAAGGUCGUGGCAAAGAUAUAUCGACCAUUGUUAACGCAGAGAAAGCGGAAACCCUUUUAAAUGACGCGCAGGUCGGGGUCGAUCCGGUCAAUCGCGACGAUCAACCUACCGAUCUGACAAUGAAAAGCAGCUUAUCCGAUAAUUUGAAUCCGAUUAUUGAACCCCUUCCUCCUGUUGUUCCUCCCGAUUAUGAUAAAAAGCCGGACAUCGAGGAAUCGGACGACGAGAUCGUUCGUCCGGUGCGUAAAAUUAUUAGUAAAAAGAAGCAUAGGAAGUUGAAUAGUUUGGACGUUAGUAGCGGUGACGAUGCAGAGUCCGACGAGGAUUUUAAGGGGUCCAGUGCCGAUUCCGAGGAAGAGGAGGACGAUUAUGUUGGUAGCGAAAGUAGUGACGAUUUAGAAGUGAGAAAACCAAGGUCACACAAAGGUGGUCCAAUUCGUAGAUCGACACGCGCUCGUAUAUCCCGAUAUGAUCGCGAUUUUAUCAAUGAUGACAGCGAUUCGGAUGGAUCGGGGCCUAGACGAAAAAAGAAUCGAUUUGUUUGGGAUGAAUCGGAAUCUGAAGAAAGUGACCGGUCGUGGGGUAGAAGGAGACGCAAAGCGGCUACUGCUCGAUCGAGACGAAAACCUUCGGACAAAGCAAAACGGCCGAAAAAGAAAAAGAAGAAGAUCGGAGAAGACUCUGAUCCCGAAGCUUUCAAAAGUCGACCGAAUAUUAAAUUAGGAGGUGACGAUGAGGAAGUCGGACGUCGGACGAGAGGGAAAAAAAUCAAUUAUCUGGAAGCAUUAGGUUCAGACAGUGACGAUGAUGGCAGAAGGAAACCGCCUAGAAUUGAAGAGAGCGACGACGAAUAUGCCGUGCACGAAGACGAAGAACUUCAGCAGAGAUUGCAAAAUGAAAACGAUAGUGACGAAUCCGGAGUUGAAAAUGUUUUACGUGAUCUUCCAUUACCCUUAAACCCCAGGCCGAAACCAAAGGGUCGUGGAAAGGCGGGUCUGAAGAUUCCUAGAAAACCGAAGGAUCCCACCUUGGAACUUUUCCCACCAAUAAUGACAGAUUUACCUCCUACAAGUACCAUAGCUCGCACAGAAAUACCCAUACUGCAACAAACUUUAGAAUCUCAAUCGCUGAUACCUUCACAAAUCAUUCCUCCGCCAUUAAUAAUGGAUCCUAUGUUGCUACACGAGCACGAGUCUCAAGAUUUGGACGACGAACCGAAUCCCAUCGAGCAAAUUAACAAAAACGUCGAACAAAUGAACGAGCAGGAAAUGGAAAAAAUGAUGGAAGAAGAAGAGUACGCCAAUAGGCAACUUCAACUCGUCGCUUUGCAAAUAGAAAAGGAGAAGAAACGAAAAGAACGAGAAGUACAGAGGUUAGAAAAGCUAAUGCAAUUAGAGCAAAAAGUACCAAAGAAGCGUGGCCGAAAACCAAAAAACCCAACGCUCAAUGCGUCCGCAAAUCUAAUAAAGUCAUUCCCAGAUUCCGCACUGUUACUGUCUAGUAACGCCGAACUUUCGGAACCGCCCGGCAUUUCUCUUCCGAUGUUCAGCGAAUUAGCGCCGACCUCGAUGAACGCGGAUGGCAGUCCGAAAAAGCGGAGGGGUAGAGGUAAGGGAAAGAAGACGUUGGCUGCCGAAGCAGCAGCCGCGGCAGCCUCUAAUAAAAAUAUUGAUAUGGAAAUUGGACUGGAAGGUCCAACUUCGUCAAGUAGUAACACUGUUUCACCUGCUCCAGAUUCACCGUUGCACGGGAGCAAAUUGGGCAUUGCCGCGCCGCCGCAACCAUUUUCUCAAAGUCAACCCACUCCAUCUGUAAUUACCAGAAUGUUGCAGUCGCAGCCGGGUCAAAACAGUUUCCCACCUUCCAGCGUUUCUAAAUACUUCGGCGGACAUGGUAAUGAUCCACAGCUUGGCGCUUACCAUCCAGGUAAUGCGGGUCCACGCGGACCUUACCAACAACCUCCGAUACCACACUUUCCCGUGAUAAGAAGCGGUCCGCCACCGCUCAGACUUCACAGUCCGGGAGCUCCAAAUUUACCUCCCAUGUAUCAUGCGCAUCGUUCUCUGGAUCCUUCACCGUCUGGUGGUGGACCAAUAAAUGUUCCUAACACUAACAGAGAUCGACAAUCACCUUUGGUAGUGCCGCCUCCAUCGCAAAGUCCUCUCGGCAAAGGUGACCCCACUCCUCCGCCGUACACCAGACCUCCACUGGCGCAUUUCUCGCCGUCAUCCUCGAAUACACAAGGAGCACGACCGCUGCCCAUCAUACCUUCGCACUUGCAGCAGCAUCGCUCGCCUAACAUUUCUCAAUUUCACCCAACAUUGCCUCCCAAUUACCAUUAUGGAUCAUAUCCGCCCCCACCUCCACUAACUCCCGAUGAAGGUCAAUCUUCUCCGAGCUAUUCGGCACAACCUUUUCCCGAACAGUAUCCCGAAGGUGGACCUCCGAUACAAACCACCGAAUCUCCAACUGCACCGGUCACGACUACGUCUAGUGUUGUAGGUAAAACAUUCGACGAAGGAGAGGAAGGUGGAGAGUUUGUCGGAUUAGUGUCAUAUUUUUCAAGCCAACGAGAAGAUGAUUUGGAUACAUAGCAAGCGUACAGAUAAUUUCUUAUACAGCAGUUUUUUACUUUGCAGCUAACUUUCCCUUGCGGUAAUGGUGCAUAUUUAACAUUGUUAAAUAUAAUUUGCUAAACAUGUAUUAGUACUAUAUUAGAAUGAUAUUAUGACAUUAUUUUACUUUUAUCAGAAUUUUGUAUUAAUUUUUUUUAUUGUGAAAUAUAUUUAUACUGUACAGAUAUUAGACAUUGCCAUUUAUUUAAUAAAAAAAUACUGUAAAUAGUUUGUAAAUACAAGGGCGCGAUAGCAUAUGAUUUUAAAAUUUAGCAAUCUCAAACUGUUCAGCUUACCUCUAUUAUUCUCUCCGGAGUGAUUGUUUAAAUUAUUUUUUCAUUAUUUCCGGCUGGAGACAAUAAUAGAAGCAUGC